AUGGGGAGCUGUGGUGUUGUCAGAAGGCCCUCAACGGUAAAAGAUGAGGAUGAUCGAUUUUUCGAGGAGCCCACGCCGUCCACGUCGAAAAAGGCCCAGGCGCUGAGCCCCUACAUGAACCGAAAGCCCGGCGCCGGCGAGUCGUACGAGCCCACCCACUUUGAACACCUUGCGAACGUCGGCACUCAUGGCGUCGGCAUCAUCCCGAGCAUCCUCGCCUUCUACUACAUCAUCGACGCGUCGCAUCGAGAUCUCCAAUACAUGCUGAUGGUCAUCUACGGCAUCUUCACCACCAUGCUCUUCUCGGCGUCCACCCUCUACCACUACUACGAAAUGAUUUACAGGCCCUUGAAGCAGAAACAACGUUUGCGGUACUACCUCCACAUCUGCGACCGCGCCGUCAUCUACUUGUUCAUUGCGGCUUCGUAUACGCCGUGGCUGACGCUGCGCCACUGCGGGUAUCCGGGGCUGAAUCUGAAGUGGAUGAUUUGGGUCUUCGCUAUCCUCGGCAUCCUCUACCAGUACAAUUUUCAUGAAAAGUACAAGACGCUGGAGACGAUACUCUACGUCCUCGUCGCCACCAUUCCGUCGGUUGCCAUGUUCACGAUGAACGACCGCUCCGGAUUGGAGCUGAUGAUGGCCGGCGGGGUGGUUUAUAUCAUGGGCGUGAUUUUCUUCAAACUCGACGGUGUCGUCCCGUUCGCCCACGCCAUCUGGCACGUCCACGUCUUACUUGGCUCUGCCGUGCACACCUACGCCGUCUACGUCUCGCUGAUCGGCCCUGACCAUCUGAAUCCAGUGCCAGCCGUC